AUGGAGCGGCAGGCCGCAGGAGGUGGCAGGCCAGGGCAGGGUGACGAGGUGGGGCUGGGUGUCAGGCCAGGGGACUCCAAGAAAGACAACCUGUGCGAGAAGGUGAAGGAGUUCAUGCGCAAGUACGACAAAAACGCGGACGGCAAGAUCGAGAUGGCGGAGUGGCGCAGGUACGACACGGACCGCAGCGGCUACAUCGAAGCCAACGAGCUCAAGGGCUUCUUGUCGGACCUGCUGAAGAAGGCGAACCGGCCCUACGACGAGCCCAAGCUGCAGGAGUACACGCAGACCAUCCUGCGGAUGUUCGACACCAAUGGCGACGGGAAGCUGGGUCUCUCGGAGAUGUCCCGACUUCUGCCCGUGCAAGAAAACUUCUUGCUGAAGUUCCAGGGGAUGAAGCUGUCCUCGGAGGAGUUCAACGCCAUCUUCGCCUUCUACGACAAGGACGGGAGUGGCUUCAUUGACGAGAACGAGCUGGACGCACUUUUGAAAGACCUGUACGAGAAGAAUAAGAAAGAGAUGAGUAUCCAGCAGCUCACCAACUACAGGAAAAGCAUCAUGAACCUUUCCGACGGGGGCAAGCUCUACCGCAAGGAAUUGGAGAUCGUGCUCUGCAAAGAGCCCCCUGUGUAG